CUCUAAGACUGUUUCGUCUCAUAAAGAUCUCUUGUCGUCGAUUGAAGAAAUGUCGGAUAGCUACUUAUAUUGUGAUACUGUUUUGGAUAUCCCAUACACUACUUUCCCGAAUUUACUGAAACAAAAGGCACAGAAAUCUCCAGAUGAGGUAGUGUGUAUUUUCAUUGACGAUGAUAGAGCAAGGUCUAUACUUACUUUCGGGGACUUAUAUAAAAAAGCAACGAAGUUUGCAAAAACCCUGGUCCAGAUGGGGGUUAAAAGAGGUGACAUCAUUGGGCUCAAUGGUAGAAAUGUUCCAGAAUGGUUAAUUGCUGAUUUAGGAGUGCAGAUGGCGGGCGGUUGCUCGCUGUGUUUGCCAUACCAACAAAAAGAAGAAACCAUGGUAGAAUUGUUCGAUGCAAUCGGGAAUAUAAAGCUACUUAUCAUUGAUCCUGGAAACAGCGGGCAGAGAUGUCAACUUAUCAAAAACAUACUUCACAAGAAUUUAACCUCUGCAAAAAAUGAUCCCGCAGAAGUUUAUGAAUUACUACAAAUUGUAUUGUUUAGCCAACAUGAGGCUUUCCCAUCACUAAAAAAUGUUCAAGAUUUGUGCUCCCGUGAGUAUAAGGCAGUUCUUCCCAGAAUUGAUCCAGAGGAUAUAUCAAUUAUUCAACUGUCCUCGGGUACAACAGGUCUGCCAAAAGCAAUUCCGCAUUCACAUCAUGCCAUGGUUGUGCUAGCAUACCACUCUUUCAAAAUAUACCCAACAAAUAACAAAAAAGAGAUGCUAUAUAACACCACGCCUUUCUUUUGGAGUGCGGGAUAUCCAUAUUGGGAAAUCAGUACUGGUGGAACUCGAGUGACCAUGACAAAUGCAUUUCAUUCAAUUUCAACGGCGGAUGCAGCUUUGAUUUCUUGCGAGAUUAUAGCAAGAGAAAAACCUACUCAAGCCUUUUUUGUUCCAUCCAUGCUCGAUUUCAUAAUUAAAAAGAAAUUGCCAUUGAAAGUACCAAGAAUUCUUACGGGUGGCACAAUUGUGUCUUCAUCAGUAUUGGAGAGUAUUGGUAAAGUGUGUGAUGAAUAUCAGGUCGAUUAUGCUUCAACAGAAUUGGGUUACAUUGCAUCUGGAUUGUUCAAAGCAGAAGAUAAAUACAAGGAAAAGCACGGAACCCUUAGCUGUCGACCAGUUCCUGGAGUAGAGAUCAAAAUUACUGAUGAGGACGGAUUUCUCCAACCGGUGGGUCAGCGAGGCAAAAUAUGGAGGGACGGUGCCAAGAGGUGAUUCAAGUUUUCGGCCGAAAAAUAUAUCCUGUUGAGAUUGAGAAUGCUAUAAAAGCAAAGAGCAAUGUAAUAGAAGCCAUUGUAAUGCCGAUAAAGGAUAUGGAAACUGAAGACCUGGUUCCAACUGCUGCCAUAAUAUAUC